GUGCCGAAGAAAAACACCGCGUCCCUGAGGGCGACAAUUUUUUUUUUUUCCGAUUCGCAUUCGCCAUCAGUCAUAUAAGAAGAAAAAUUGAUGCGGGAGGACAUGAAUUGGAUUCGGGUUUUUGCUAGAAGAGGGUGACAAGUUUUUUUUUCCACUUCCCCGUUCGAUGGCCCCUUGUUUUCCCGAAUUGAACCAUUGAACUCGUGAAUCAAACAUCCGCUGACGGAACAUUCCGACCAUUUUCUGCCCAUUGACGUUGUACUCCAUUGGUUGGCUGGCUCUCUUGGUCAAGUUGUUCUAGGCUACGGACCGGGUAGGCCCCGAAAAUGGACGACGACGGCGAAUACAACGACGGAGACAUAGUCUGGGUAAAGCUCAGCUAUUGUUGGUGGCCCGGCGAAGUGAAGGCAGGCGAUCACCAGACCGAGGAGCUACUUUCCACGCUGAAGCGCCGCCCAUUGGCUGUCGUUAAGUUUUUCGAGGAAGACUCAUAUGAAUAUGUCAAGAACACUAACUUUAUCUAUAAAUACAACUGCAGUAGGAAACACGAAUUUCUCAGAAAGGGUUUAGAACAAUAUCGUGCAAAAAAUAAACACAUGGAAAAGUUUCCGGCGGACGUAAUGCAUGCCGAGCGUGCGACCGGAGGCGAUCCCAACAUUGUCAACUCGAAGGACUUUCUGCCGCAGAAGCGAGAAAGCUAUGCAGACAUUUUUGGCGAUAAGAGCAAAGGAAGAGCUUCUUCGGGGAAGAAUGCCAACAAGAAAGUUGUUUCACCCAGUAAAGUUAUUCCAGUAAUUCCGGUAAAGAAGCAUGAGGUCAGGAUACUGGGACAGGCUUCUUCAUCAACGGGUCUGACCGCAGGUAGUAGAAGUUUUUCGUCUUCUCUGACUUCUGCCUCGUCACUCUCGUCAACGCCGAGGUCUGUCGUGAACACAUCGUCGCAGAACUUAUCGUUGGACGCCACAGCCGUCAGUAGCAGUAGUCUUGCCUCUCCGGCUCAGAUCUACCAUUGCCACAAAUGUGGCAUGGAAAGUGGCCGGCAAAAUGUGAUAGUGCUCCAUACCAGGUAUUGUCGCGCUGUACCGAUGAGUAUUCCUUCGGUAAAAGUUGCAAAACCAAUUCCAAUAACUCCGGAGAAAGUUGAACCGGACACGACUCUGAAGAUUGUGGAGUCCCCUAGGAAAUUAGUCGCGUCAACUCCCAAAACGGAAAUCGAGGAAAAGAUCGACAAAAUCGCCGAGGAGGAUGAGUUGGUGGAAGUGAUUCAAGUGGUUGAGCCUGUGAAACCAACGCGUAGCGGUCGCACACCAAGAGCAGCAGCACCAGCUGCCAAAUCUACCCCGAAAAUUGACCGUCGAAGGAACCGAGGAAAAGGCCGGGCUGCGGCAGUUCCAGAAAGCGAAGAGAAAGUGGAGGUCUUCAUGGAAGUUGCGGACGAUAAGGAGGAGUCAAUGAAGGUCGAGGAUAAGGUAGAGGAGAAGGAGAUUGAAGUCGAGAAAACGGAUGAAUCCGUUGAUAAAGACGAUUCGAAGGAUUCCAAGGGAAAACUGGAACUCAAGAACGAACUCCUAGCGGAUUGGAGUGAAGAUGAGCAGGAUGAUCAGGAAGAUUCAGCAAAAGAGGACGAGGCAGUUAAAAAUGAAGAACAAGUUAGUGACUCUAAAACGGAAAAUGCAGCAUCAAACUCACUUGAUGCAAGUUUGGAGAAAUCGGUUGACUGUUCGCCACAAUUGGCAUCCCCAGUGUCAUCAGGAACAACUAUUAAGUAUCGUAAUAUUCCCAAGAAGCAGAAGCGAGAGUUCAUCGAAGUUACGAAUGAUCAGCCAGCUGCACCAGUGACAAGUACAGUAGAGAAAUCGUCUAGCGAGAGCAGUAUCAGUACGACAGCGGCAACCUGCGGCGGAGAUACUACUUUAAAUACCUCGGACAAAACCCCGACCUCCAACGAAAGUUUCUUGGAGCGACCCAUAAGUGCGAAACAACGCAUUCUUGACAGGGCAACUCGCGGUUCCAGCAAAUCCAUUAGUAGUGACGAAACGAAGCAGGAAUCGCCAGUCAAGGCAGCGACGCAAGAAUCUCAGCCGGCAACGGAUGACGACUCGAAGAAGGAAACAUCUUGUUUCGACUUUAAGGAAGAUGAGGAUGAAGAGGUUGUGCUGAACAAGUCUCCUAGAAGGUCCCUCUCCAACAGGCGUGACACUUCCCUGGAGGUGAGCACCGGUGUCGUAGAUUCGGUCAAGGAACAAGAGGAAUUGGAGCGAGCUAAGAGGGAUGUCGAGUUGAAGAACAAAGUAGAAUCUUUGCUUUGCGAGACUAGCCUACCAAGCUUGCCAGAAAUUCCGAAAAUUCCAAAGGCUCCUUCACCCGGGCCAUCAUCGUCUACGGAGACAACGUCUCAGCUCAAGGAAGAGAUCGAUCGGAAUCGCACCUUACCACCGAAGGAACGUGGUAAGCGCAUAUUCAAGACGCGCAACAAGAUCAUUGAAAACGAAGCUAUUGCACUCGAGCAGUCAAAGGCUAUCGUGAUGGAUUUCGUGAAAAAAUCUCACGAAGAAGAGCUAGCAGAGCUUCUAGAGCAGCAAAAAGCUGAGGCCAAGCUCAGUUCGGAGUCUCCCACGACUACUAAUGAUGACUCACAGGAAUCUGUGCUGUCCAAUGAGCCUACGCGGUUUGAAAACUCCGAAUUCGCCGCGAUAAAAUCCAAGCGAACGAAGAUCUCACAAGCAGAGAAUGUGUUGGCAUUGACUAACCUUGCUCAGGAACCUUCAGUCAGCUCUACUAACGAAGCGAAGGAUACGGCAACGGAGCCCAUGACAGUGUCGAUAAGUAAGGAGCAGCUAGCUUUGGAAGCGCUGACUGCCACUGCUACACCUACACCGAAAGGACGAAAGGGUAAACAGAGGAAAUCCGCUACUCCGAUUAUCGAAAAGACAGUCGAGACAAUUGUAGAAUCGGAAGCACGGGUCGAAGAUGCUACUCCCAAGGGCCGGAAGAAGAGGGGCGUUGAGAAACAGGCCUCUGAGAUGGUAGUGCUUGACGUGUCUAGUUCUGCUAAGCAUGAGGUAGAGAAGGCGGUUGAGAUAUCUCAACCGGAACCAGAAUCACACGUCAAAGAAACGACCUCUAAGGGAAGGAAGAAGCGAGGCGUUGAGCAACAGAGCUCUGAAACGACUGUGCUUGACGUGUCUAGUUCUGCUACUCCUGAGGUAGAGAAGGCGGUUGAGGUGCCAGAACCGGAGCCAGAACCACGCAUAAAAGAAACGACCUCUAAGGGUAGGAAGAAGCGCGGCGUUGAGCAACAGGCCUCUGAGACACCUGUGCUUCAUGUGUCUAGUUCUGCUAUGUCUGAAGUGGGAAAAGCGGUUGAGAUCCCAGACCCGGAACCAGAGUCACGCGUCAAAGAAACGACCUCUAAGGGUAGAAAGCAGCGUACCACCGAGCCUCCAAGCUCAGAACUGACAAGUAACGAUGCUGAGGCUGGACAAUCAGUAGAAAAGACGCCACCACCGGAAACACCUGCUGUUGAAACGGUUGUACCCAAAGGACGGAAGAAACGAGGUACUGAGCUACAAAACUUAGAAGUCUCAUCGCCACUGCCCAAAUCUCAUCGGGUUGCUACUGUGGUUAUCGAAAAAAUGGUCGAAGAAACGCCAGAGCCCGAGUCACAAUCGCACGUUGCUGAAACAUCGCUCAAGAGUCAUAAGAAGAGAAGUGGCGGCGAGGUUCAAAGCUCAGAUGUGGUACCAGAAGUUGACACGACUAAAGCUGACGAACCGGUCGUAGAGACUGUAGAACCGGAAGUAGUACCGAGCGUAGAAGUUACGCCACCCAAGGGAAGAAAGAAGCGAAGCAGCGAACUCCAAAAUCUAGAACUGAUGGCGUCUGACACGCUUCGAGUGGUGAUUGAGACGCCACUGAAAAUAAGCCCGGAACCGGAAUAUCAGCCACCAAUUGAAGAGGCAACACCCAAGGGCCGAAGGAAGCGCGGUGGAGACAUUCAAGACGCUGAAUCGGUGACCAUUGAGGUGCCUGCAUCAACUACUCCUGAAGUUGAAAAAGCUCCGGAAGUCCCAGAACCGGAAACGCCACUGCCGAAGGGAAGAAGGAAGCGCGGAGGUGAAGUGCAGAAUCUAGAUUUGGUGGCGCAAGAUACGCUUCGCGUGGUGAUCACCAAAUCCGAUGAGGGAAUUGCGGAACCACUACCCGAAGCGGAAGUCGCAGAUGUCACCGUCAAGGGUCGAAAGAAGCGAGGUGUUGAGCUUCAUAAAGUGGAAGAACCAGUUGAAAAAACGUUAGAAGUUCCAACCCAGGAAUCAGUUUCGAGUCAUUCAGUUGUGUCCCCUAAGGGUAGGAAGAAAAGAGGCUAUACUCAUCUCCCAGACGUAGUCACUCAAGAAACUUCAAUUUCUGCAGCGGAAGUAGUUGAAAAGCCAGUUGAAACAGUUCCAGAGUUAGAGCCAGAACAGCCAGCCCAAGUUGUAGACACCCCACUCAAAGGUCGAAAGAAGAGAGGCAAUGAGGUGCAGAUUUCAGAUCCUAUUGUGACUGAGAAACUAGUCGUUGAAGCCCCAGAGCCAAGCGCCGAAGUUGCUCAGGACAAGACGAAGGAAAAUGAAGAGCCCCAGUCGGCUGACAAACCGAUCGUCGAAACACCUCCCGCUGAAUUGACAUCCGAGAAGCAGAUCGAAGAUUCUCAUGAACCACAAGCUGAAUUACAACACGAAGAUCCAUCUCCUAAGGGACGAAAGAAGAGAGGUGGAGAGCUCCAAAAGCUCGACCUGACGGCCUUGGAUACACCUCGGUCACGUAGAGGCAGAGGCGCCAAGGUCGAAGAACCCACAGUAGUACAUGAAGAACCGGAACAGUUGAAAGAAGAGCAGCGUGUUGAAUCACCAACUUUCCCAGAGAAACACCUUAAGUUGAAGCGAGCCAAAAAAGACGUGGAAGUAACGGAUGAAAAUGUUUCCAAAACUCAUCAUGUGGAAGAGGUUCCAAAACCGGACACUCUUCCUCACCCUGUGGAUGAACCAAAGGAAGAACCCAAACCGACAAAAUCGAAACGAUCCAAGCAGCUUCAGCAGAGGUUGGCUGAUUCGACAGCCGAAGAUAUUCCGGUGGCUUCUGAGCCACCAGUUCCUACUAACGAAAAAGUCGAACCUGCUAUUCCGGAGCAAUCCGAACCGACGCCUGUCGUUAAACAUCAACCCAUUAAGAUGAUCAUCAAAUCCCGAGGCAGAAAAUCCAAUUCAGAGCUGCUCUAUGAGCCAAAUGUUGUAUCUGCAGAACCGAAAGAGGACGAAGUCAAAGAAAAACUCCCAAAAUCGCCUAAGAGUUCCAAGAGGAAAAAGGCAUCGGUUGAAGAGUCUGUGGAUGUUCCACCACCACCUGUUAGUACUCCAUCGUUUGAUACGAUUGUUGAAAGUAAGAGUUCAUCCAAAUCUCCCAAGCAUAAGCGACCCAAAAUUGUCGAGGAACCUCCCAAACCAACGGAAGAUUUCAAAGUUUGUGAGGAUAAGCCACAGGAUCGCGUGCCAAGUGGUCCAUCUGACACUGAUCUUCAAAUAGCGGAGGCCCUUAUCCAUUUACCGAACGUAACUCCUCCAAAACACGUCGAGGGCGACCAAGAGAUGGCAGAAACGAAACCAAACAGCAGCUCACCUGUGCUGACUGCAAAAACAAUCAAUCCUAGAAAGAGACAUCUGCAAACACUGAUGAGUAGUCCUGAACUGACGGAACAACCCAAGCCCCCGAAGCAGGAGGAAACCGUAACCAUUCCAGAAAAAAAGAAACGCGAAACUGUGCCGGUUGUUAAUGUGGCAGCCGCAGAAGAACCGACUGCAACUGACAAGAUCGGCUCCUCGCAGAUGGAUGAAGAUAAGUUUGACAUCGACAACAUCCCCAUCGUAAUGGACGACAGCGAACUGCUAGAGGAGUCGACCAUUUCGACAACGACAUCUAAUCAAAAGCCAAUCGAAGAGACUUCCCCUCAAAUGCCAGCAACAAAACCCAUGUUGAAAAAGAUGAUGAUUGUGAAGAGUAGUAACGGGUCCCCGAAAAUAAUCGUUCCGAAGGAGUCCCGAGACACGGUUCAACCUGUGCCGAAAAAGAAUCUGGGCAUCAAAUCUUCCACUAUUACCAUCAAACCUCCGGUAGAUCAAUUAUCUCCGAAGCCAACCCACUCGCCAGCUCAUUCACCACCGAUCCGAGGAACGCAACUCGUACAGGCCAAUAGCGUAGGUCAGAUUGUGAUCACCAGCAAAGGGACCGUCUUCACGACCCAAUCGCCCACAACCUCAACAACCAAAUCCAGUCGAAGUGGCUCCCCUAAAACCCACGUAACGCCGGCCAAAGCUGGAAGCAUCGUCUCUUCAGUAAACAGCGUGAGCACCAUCAGUAGUUCAACUUCCAAAUCUUCUCCACCUCCUGCAUCGCUUACCGUUCAUCGAACCGUUGUUGAACCACCCGUCAAAUCUCCCCCUGCCAAGAUUUGUGUGCAGUCCCAGGAAAUCAUAUAUCCUCCGACCAAGUCGCGGCCAUCAACGACAAAGCCACAACAUGACACAUCAUCAUCCGCAGCGAGCCAGAAAAAGACUUCAUCCAGUAGCACAUCUCCGCCAAAGAAAGUUCUCAUCAAAAAACACACCGAUGCCCAUUCUCCUACAAGUAGUGGCAAACCUCUUUUCUCGACCUCCAAGGGAAAUCCCAUUACUCCGCAACCGGCCACUUCCUCGGCAGUAAGUCCCGGCAAGAAAGCUCACAAAGUGAUCAAGAUUUCUCCCCAGAAACUCAAAGAGUUCACCCGGCUGGGAAUGGUGGAAGACAAAGGACAGGGUAAGGUACUCACUGCCAGUGGCAUGAAGAAAUUCCGCCAGGAACAGUAUCAACUGCAGAAGCAACAAAGAUCAAGGCCUGAGGAGCCCAAGAAACUACCAAGGGCAGAUUCCGUCGAUGAAGAACCAUCCACAUCUACCCCAACGCCUCCUCCACCGAGCGAAGCCCCGGCGGAAGUUGUAGUGGCUGCCGCAGCUGAUUCUUCAGUAAAAGAGAUUCAACCCAUUCCGGCCGACACGGAGGAACUCACCGAAGUCGGUCUCGCUACGACGUCUACCGAGUCCAUGGAGACAUCACCAUCAACAGCAGAAGUAGCCGUGUUGCCGGAACCAUCAUCUACCGAGGAAAACGAAGCAGACGCAGCCGUGAAAGAACCGGAAGCUGAGAGCACGGAAGCCGAAGUACCUUCGCCACCGGUUGAGGCUCUCGAGUCAGUUGAGUGUGCCCCGGUUGCAGCGGUAGAAGUUGCAGCCGAAGCGUCCGAGUCCGGUUCCAACGUGCAGGAAUCCUCCCAGUUGAUUGCCGUUCCUGCGGAAAAUUUCGGCGGACCGUCCAAUCUGUUCUACCUUUGCUCAGUGCGCGAGGAGGGCUUCGUCCCGGUUAACAACGAGCUGCUCUACUUGGAUUCAUCCAAUCAACUGGUGGCACUUCCGGAGAAUGCCUCCGUCGAGGACAUUGUGAAUCAGGCUGAAGUGUUGGAAAUUCCGACGGGCGGUGAUCAAGCAACGGUGGUCACGGCAACGGCGGCCGUCGAUGCCGAGGGAGGCAUCGAGGUUGGACAGCAGAACAUUUUGCUGAAUACUCAGGACGGCCAGCAGAUCAUACUGGAUCAGCAAAGUUUGAUGGCACUGGCAGCUGGAGGUGAUACGUCCCAACUACUUACUCCCGAUGGGCAGCAGAUUCUUCUACAGGGUUCGGCGCAAGAGCUGCUGGCAGCGCUUGCCGUGAGUCAAUCUGGCCUUGGAAUCGUGGCUGCCGAAGGAACCCAGAUAAUUGUUGCACCCGAAUCGUUGAUCGAUUUGCAAGAUCCCCCGCUGCCGAGUGAAAUCAUCCAGGUGAACCCGAACACAACCGUUGAAACGAAUGCCGUGCUCACGAAACCACCGAUCAUGUCUGCCGUGGAAGUGCCCACCAAAAACGGAGCCGAGCCUUCGGUAUGCUCUCCGGAGCAGAAACCGCUGGAAGCCGCCCCAUCGAAUCUCGACGAAAGCCUAGCCGCCGUCAUCGGUGUUCCGGGCAAUCCGAAUGUUCCGACGUCGUUGGAGCUGCCAAUCACCGUUACGAAUCCGGUGAUAGCCAAAACGACCACCAGUAAGAUCAAUCCAAUCUAUCCACCAACGACGGCCAUCUCGGCUAUCGCUCUAGAUGCAGCAACGGCGGCGGCGGCCGGAACGGUCAUCGGUCUUCCAACGGUAGCACAAACAGGUACAGAUAGCUCACACGAUGAAACACACGAGACUAGUUCUAGCGAUGACACAAACCGUAACAAAGACGACGAUGACGACCAUCCGCUCCAAGAGACAAAGUCGGAAAAGUUAAACGGUCGUAAAAGUAUUGAUGAAGAUGAUGAGGAAAAUCGCGAUUCAAACGCGGAGAACGAUAUCGACGAGAUUAUUCCCAACACCCCAGAAUCUCAGAUGAAUAGUCAUGCCGAGAUAUCGUCUCAGUUUAGUGACGAUGAGUCCGAGGUCCCCGUGCCUAUCCCUAACGUAGAUGUAGACGAUGAAGAUGACAAUGUUUCUAACUGUAGCGAGAUCAUUCCCAUACAACCUAACGUUGUAAUCCUAAGGAACGUGAACAAUGAACUAUUGAACAACAAUGACAAUGACAACAGUAGUGAUAUGGAAAUAGACAACCCAGAACCGACUUCCGGCAAUGAGGAAAACAAUCCCAAUCAAUCGUCAUACUCGGACGGAGCCAACAAUAGCACCUUAGUUGAGAGAUAAUAUCUAGCAGGCACUAGCAGGGAACCGUUUGUAGAUUUUUCCUCGUUAGCACAGGCUGACUUACGCGGCGGCGGUCACUUCGAUCCGACGUCGACCGUAGAGUUGCACUUUGUCACUCCGCCGCCGGUUCUUCCCGGACAGUCUCCUCGAUCCAUGAUUUUGACCGCAGUCAGCAGUCAGGUUGAUAGUAGUUGUUGCCCGCACGAUUCAUUCUCAUCUUCCUCAUCAUCACCAUCACUUUUGUUGAACAGCAACAACACCACCGUCGCGAUGAUCAACGACAGCCAAUCUCAAAAUACCGCCGGAAACAGCGGCACCGAUAGCAACCGAAACAGCAACACCAUUUUCACAUCGUCAUCGUCGGAGCAUCUGUUUUUCUAGACAGCGUCGUACGAGCGGAGAGAGUCACCCAUAGACUCUCUGGCGGCCAUCAAAUCCAUCUGGGAUUGAACAACCAACAUGGGAAGGAAGCGGUCGUUCGAAUCUGAGCUUCCCUCUCUAUCUAUACUGUUACAACUUUCUCUCAACCUUCGGCUGGGUUCCAUUGAAUGGGCCAACGUGGCGACCUACUACUACUAUUAAUUGUUGGCUGCAAGCAUUAAGAAGCCAAUUGUACAUACACCCGGAAUACUUUUAAAUUGCAUAUAGCUCUUACUAGUGGAUAGAUAUGUAGAUGGCUUGUUAGUUGAUAUUACAAUGAUUAUCAUGCUACAUUUUUAUACAGCUUUUUUGCAACUGUAACUUUAUGUCCCACUUUUUUAUGUUUAUUGUGCAUGUGUUUAGUCACUUCUUACAUUAGGUGAAAUUAGCUAAACUUUAUAUUGCGACAAUGAUCGGCUCGCUUGAAUAGAAUCGUUUAUUUAUACCAUCAUUGUGCGACAACAGGAUUUUUAUUUUUUUACACGUAUACAUUAUUUUUUCUUUUGGCAGUUGAAGGCAUUUGGUAAUAUAAUGAUCGAUCUUUGUUAAGGGGGCUCCGAUGCCUGUUGCUAUAGAUAGAAGUGAUUCAGAGAACAAUCGUGAGAUUUGGGACAGCCUUUGUUAGAUUCUAAACAGCGACGAAAUUAAGUAGCUAUGGUAAGCAGUAAAGUGACUCACAUGAAGACAGGUCCCCUAAGGGGUUGUAAAUCCCUCGUAGAGUUAAAUUGAGUGUGUACUUUUACCUUUAUCGUUUCACAUGAUUCUAGUUGACACGCUUUUGCCAUUGAACUUGCUUUUUUGCUGCUGUCUAGAAGUUGCACAUUUCCCAAGCAUCGUAUAAUCCACCAGCGUGCACACAGAAGGGCAAUCUCCAUUUGCUAUCCUUCACUAUUCAAACCUUAAAAUAUAAGCCAGUGCUAGCGCUAGGCCUUUAGUCAAUAGGAGACAUGUUCUUGUUCGAACAUUGUUGUAUAAAUAAAUAUGUAUAACCGAAACGAAACAUGAUGCGAGCGAUUCACGGCUUGUGAUUAGGUAGAGAUGGCUUCAUUAAGGACGAUAACUGCGAAGGAAGGGUCAUUCAUAGUCAAUGGCACCACCCCCACUUGGAGAGAGAAAAGUUGAUGAUGGAAAUGGAAUAAGUCAUUCGGAAGUAACGUUUUCUUCUUGUCUAUUGUAUUGAUAAUAAUUAUGCAAUACGAAUACACGUACACAUAAACUCUUAAAUGAUUACUGAUAUGUAUUUUAAGCGUACUAAUAGUAAUAAUUAUUGUAAGUAUAAUAAAUGUUUAGCGAAUAUAAUGAAUCAAAUGUAA